UGUGUGGUGCCCUUUCUCUCUUGUUGCCUUGUCCCAACCCAAUACAACCUUUUUCUUGCACUUCCCCUCGUUUUGAAAUUCAAAAUUUUUAAACGGCUAACCACCAUUCCCAUGAGAAAAUCUCAUCGUACCAAAACGACAUAAUAAAAAACCAUUAAUGAGGUUCAAGUCCAACAUUGGGCAACUUUGAGGUUUCCCAAACUUACUCAUCACCCACAAAGCUCCAAACCCCACAGCUCUCAUGGGGGAAACAGUUACCUGUCUCAUGCAGCAGCAGCCAUUCUCUUACACUGCAGGCAUCUCCAAUGAAGCCAAAGAGGGGAACUUGAUCAGCUCACUUGGGCAAUCUGUCUCCUUUGGGAGGUUCACUUCAGAGUCUUUGUCAUGGGAGAAAUGGUCGACUUUCUCUAGCAACAAGUAUGUCGAAGAAGCUGAGAAAUUCUCCCGCCCUGGCUCGGUGGCUGAGAAGAAAGCCUUCUUCGAGGCUCAUUACCGCAAUCUCGCUGCUCGAAAGGCCGCCGCAGAAGCUGCCGCUGCUGCAGAAGCAGCUGCAGCGUUGCUUGAGCAGGGGAAUGGUGGGGAAAUGGAGGAAUCAGAACCAAAUGAGGCUAAUGAACCAAACCCUAGUUUUGGGGUAAAGGUUGAAGCUUUGGUUGAUGUUGAAUCUGUUGAGAGCAAGGAGGAAGGUAAUAGAGAUGGUGGUCUUGAUGGUGCAGAGCAAAUGGAGAAGCCGUUGUUGAAGGUCACGAGAACAAAGUCAAAAGGUUCUGCACGGAAGUCCAAUGAAUCUGAACCAGUUAAGGCCGAUGAAGGUAGAGAGCAGAUGGAGAGGCCAUUGUUGAAGGCAAUGAGAACAAAGUCAAAAGGUUCCGCACGGAAGUCGAAUGAAUCUGAACCAGUUAAGGGCAGUGAUGGUAGAAAGCAAAUGGAGGAGCCAUUGUUGAAGGUAACCAGAACAAAGUCAAAAGGUUCUGCACGGAGCUCCAGUAAAUGUGAACCAAACAAGGCCAAUGAACCCAACCCACCACCCGAAAACGAAGCCGUCGAGAGUUCUUGCACAAAGGUAGAAGCUUUGACUGAAGUUGAAGCUAUUGAGAGCAAAGGGGAAAGUACAAACCAAAUGGAGAAGCCAUUGUUGAAGGAUUUCAUCUCUAAUGCAAGUGAUUCUGACUCGUUCACCAAGAAGAAGCCUGCAGUUUCUUUCUCAAGCAACUUGGUUGUAAGAAGAAAAGUUCCAGCAGCCAGAAAUAAAAGCUUGACUGCUACUACUACUCCAGUCAACAAGAGAUCGUCGACACCAAAAUCGAGUCAGAAUAAGGCCAUCAACUUCACUCCUGUGAGAGAAAUCAAUAGAAUAACUUCCACCAUCAUCAGGAAGAUUGAUUGUUCUAGAGCCGGUUCGAGUAAGCCUACGAUGGCUAAUGAUUAUAGCUCAUUAGUUUCAACUCCAUUCAGAACUCCAUCUAGAGAAGAAUCUAAGAAUCACCCAGAAACAACAACCCCACAGUCAGAAUUCUGGGCAAGAACACCUCUUCAUCCAUCAGCAGCAGCAUCAGCCUCUGGAAGCAAGGCAGUUAGGCCAAGAUGGCAUUUCCUACCUACAGAUUGCUCGAAGUUUAUGAGUGGCUGCAGAAACAAAUCCCAGCAGUCACCAUGCUUUCCUACGCCUUUCAGCUUGAGAACAGAAGAAAGAGCUGCAAGACGGAAAGGGGUGGCUUUGAUUGAAAUUUUCCAUCUCUUUGUACACUUUUGGAAUUUGGAUGCUUUGUUACAGAAGCUGGAAGAGAAGUUCAAUGCUAAUCAAGCUCAAAAGGUUCAGUCACAAGCAACAGUCAAGGAGAAGGCAGAAACAGAAAUGAAAAAGCUGAGGAAGAGCCUUUGCUUCAAGGCCAGGCCAUUGCCAGGGUUCUAUAAGCAAAGAGUAACACCAAAGAACCAGAUGGACAAGGCUCCACUGACACAUCCUUCUCCAUCACAAGAACCAGAGACUUCAACUGCAAAAAUGGUGAAGAAUACUAGUACUAUUCCACAGAUUGUUCAGAGAAGUUCAAGCAAGAACAGUGGCAGAAAUGUGAAGAAGAACGACGACAGCUGCAACAAUCCACGGUGCCUACGUGCGAGACUGAGAGCAACUGCUGCGGAGAAUAGUUGUCCAAAUAUCCAGCAACAAGCAACCUGAAGAUUGCUAGAUGCAAGUUCUUUCAUGGGGGGUGAGUACCACUGUCCACAGAGAGGGCCAAGCUGACCUUGUUCUGUCAUUAACCAUUGACCCAUUUUCUUUGAUCUUCCUUUCUAUUCUUCAUAGAAUGAGCUGAUUAGUUCUUGUAUGUUUUGAACCAUGUCAUGGUUGAGCUUCUGAAAUCUUAAUGACUAAUUUUUGAUCCAUUGGAAUGAGCUCGAUUGUUCAGUUGCUUCCACUUUCUCAUUAUAAUAUACCAUAGCUGUUAGCUAGCUUAGUAACCAAAUGAGAAAGUACAAUACAUGGGUUUGGUUGCAACGAGCUUGUGAAAAGAUCAAACAACCAUCUUUGUCACAUUGUCAUUGCAAUAUCAUCAUCCACAAGGAAAAAUUCCUUGGUGGGUUAGGUGCUUCUUAGUAAGAAUAACAUCAGAGUAACUAAGUUUGAUCUAAGGGUUCUCACAAUCACGAUCGUUAUCUUGAUAAUCGCCAUCAUCACGAUCCACAUCAAUGGCCAACUUCUCUAACAACCCGGCAACCGAAAUCCCACCGUAACAAUAGCCGGAGUGGAACCGGCUGCCUUCCUCUGCCCAACGAGCUGCUACGCCGUGAUUGGACACUGCGUCAUGCCACCUCAACUUAUGGCUCCCCUUGAUGUUGUUCUUUGACUUACCGUUGUGACGCGUCCCGCAUCUUCCGAUGUACUUGGAGUGGUUGGUAGUGGGCUUGGGCGGGACCGGCGUGAAUGUUCCGACGAUCAGAGGGGAGCUCGAGCUCUUGAUGAGCCGGGCCAAAUUUGGUUGGUUUGGGCAGACCGGGUAGGUUCUAACAAUUCCAUGUUGCCACCCUUCCCUCUUCAUAAUUUUUGAAUGGAGUUUUGGCCUUGUAAAUAGAAGCAACCAACAACUACUGCUUUAACAAAAGAAAAGGAGGGUAAAGAUAAACAGAGGAGGAGGAUAAACAGGGAGUCUGUGAGGACUCGACCCUGAUAAUAUAAGAGUUAGGUGGGUUAGAUUAUAGUCUAUAUACUCUACAGGACUAUGAGCCCUUUGGUAAUG